GAGAAGGAUUUCAUCACUGUUUAAGAGCAGGGAAGAAAAGUUAUCACAGAGAAGAGUGGGAAAAGAAAGUGACAUGCCCUGUAUCUUGCAGACAGGAAACGCUUGGUAAGUGCAAGGGCACAUGCAACACUUUGGGCACAAUGUGCUGCUGGCUUUGGGGGCUGUCGGACCACGCUGAGAGCAGCAAAUGGGCCAGUCCUCUAUGAAGGGUCUUACCUCCUGCAUCAGGCUUACCCAUGUUGUAUUUGGAGAGGACACAACAUUUAUCCUGAAAAUGUGUCUAUUUUGAAAAUGUCCUCCAGGGCUUCGAACACCAUAGGUUUGUAGUUUACUCUGUCAUGCCAUAAACAUGGACAAAGAAUGGCUUUAGACUCAUGGCUUGAAUUUUGAAGCAGGCACUUAGUGCUGCAGAAUUGAUUUCUAUUGAAUUUAAGAUCUCGAAUCAAUACGCAACAGUCUUUUUGCUAAUUUUUAGAGUGGUUCUAAUUAUUUGUGUUCAUGCUUAAUUUAUAAGUAGCUGAAUCGAAGUGUGAUUAAUCGCAGAUAAAGGGUUCUUGAAGUUACAUAAAUAUUUCUGACACUUAAUUGGUUAAUUAAAAGAAUUGCUGAAUAGUUUUUCUUAGUGUCUAUAAAAAAAUUGAAUAGAUCUUCAGGUUUGUCAUUAUCCAGUACUUAUAUAUAUCAAUAAUGGUACUAUCAUGCAUCUGUGUAAGCACGUGUGUAAAUACGUAUGAGGGCUGCUCCGAAGGCAGUGUCUCCUAUUCUAUUAUUUUGGCCCACGAUGUCAGAGGUGGAUGUUGGUGGUAUGGCAGUAGAGGGUGAACCUUCCCACCAAUACUCCGUUACGGAUGGCAGCAGAGGGGCACUCUGACAAAAUGGUGUCCGACAUGGAAUUGCAUAUGAAGCAAAGGUGUGUCACUGAAUUCCCUUCAUGCAGAAAAAAUGGUACCCACUGACAUUCUCUGAUGCUUGUUGAGCACUUAUGGGGACCAAACGGUGGAUGUGAGCACAGUGAGGCAGUGGGUGGUGUGUUUCAGCAGUAGCAACAGUGGGUCACUUACGCUGUUACCGAUUUUUAUAGGCAUGGUGUAUCGGUUCUUGUUCAUCUCUGGUGAAAAUGCAUAACUAAUGGUGGUGACUAUGUUAAGAAAUAGUGUUUUGUAGCCAAGAAUUUGCUCAGUCUAAGAGUAUUAUUGUACUCUUGGUUGUAUUUUCCAUGGCUCCAUGGAAAGAAAAAGGAGGCAGUGAUUUCGGACUGACCUGCGUACAUUCUUUUAUGAGGAAAGCUUUCAUUUCUUUACAGGACCUCUUGUCUCAUUCCAAAUAACAUUGACCUGUAUUUGUCAUUGUUUAUAACAAGACUUCCCAGUCUCAAAAUGAGGGUUUUUAUUUUAAAUCCGAUUACUUGCGCUCACUUACUAAUAAUAAAGUUGGCAAGAUGGCUGAAUAUCUGAUCAUAAAUCCUUUCCUUCAGUUUCAGUUGUUAAAACUGCCAAACAAAGCAACUGGGGUGUAAAUUUUCAGGUACUGUAUUCAUCCAGCAGUAAUUUUCUUAGCAGUUCCUAGGGAAGCAUUCAUCCGUCUCCUACAAAUUUAAUGAACUGUUUUUUCUGUUUUAAUUUUAGUUUUGCAUUUUUUUCAAAACGAAGUGCUCAAAUUGUACAACAGAAGCAGAUUUUCAGUUUUGUGAAUAAGGGAAUGGUUGGAAAACGUCUACGUUGUUAUGACUGCAAUUUUAUUUAAUGCUGGGAAAAAAUUGCGUUGAGAAUGCAAGACAUCUUGACUUUGAAAAUAUGGGUUCAUUGGGUGCUGCUUGCUCUUCCAACUUUAGGAAGCCAUUGCAGUUAUCAUUGUAUUCAGGGCUAAAAUAUCUGUAUAAAUCUCUCCUCCAAGCUUCUAGGCAUCCUCACAGUCCUUUAAAGUAGCAAAAGACACUGAGAGAUUGUCAUAAACACACCGGAGGGCUGAAGCACCCGCUGGCCAAUAAGCUGCCAUCUUGCUCUUGGUCUGGGAAAUAACGAUGGAGCCUGUGAUAGCUUGCUUGGAAAGUGAAUUCAGAUUUUUUUUGGUGGAGCAUUUUGGGGAAAAGAUGCCGCACCCUGCAAAGGCAUAGCCUAUGUGCCAGUUCCUCUUAGUGGCCGCGGUACCACCACUAAAUGGCAGGAUGGACUGCAGUGGUGACGCUGUCUGAAAAGAAAGGGAGGCAGUUUCCUAGACCAGCGAGACCAGGGCUACAUGGUGUGAUAGAUCAAAACAAUCUUAAAAUAGGAUUAAAAAACAGGAGGCAGCUAAUGCAAAUGUCAGAGCAGCAGGUUAAUGAUUAUGAGACAGGAAACUUGGCGGCAAGGGGCCAUUUGCUUGCAGACCAGCAGCAGUCUCCAGACAGACUGCAGUCGAUGCACAGGUUUUCAGGAGCCCCAUGCUGUGGCAGCAGUGUCUGAACGGAGUGGGUAUGAUUUGCUCACAGAGCUGUAAACAAGGUGGCAUGACAUUGGUGACCCAGUGAUCUAGUGGGUCAUGCAGAUUGGAUCCACGGUGUCAGGAGGCAUCAAUCUCCCUGAUGCAUCUUCUGGGUGUUGCCCCUAACCAGGCAGUGGCUUCUCUACCCUCUCUUGAUUUUCUGCCAGCCUUCCUCUUCCUCCUUCUCUUUCUUCUUCCUCCUCUUUCUCCUCCCGCUCACAGGAGGUGCUCUCAGGCCCCACUCAGUGUACUCACAGAGGUGGAGGCGUAAAGCUCUGUGCUGCCCGGUCAGUGACAGUAGUCUCCGCGUCUCCUUCCUGUCCUUGAGGGUCUCUAAAUAAGAGACACGAUGACAGUUUUUAUGCAUCUGCAGUGCAGCUGGAAUGAGCUGUGAUUAUAACCAACAUGGUGGAGACGUGCUGAAGACACUGCUUUGCAGACCUCAUCUCUGCAUGAGGUGGGACUUAAGGAGGAGUACGUGCAGGCAAAGGCAAUGUGCAAUCAGGCAUUGCAUAGUAACUGGAAGUCUCUCCAGUGGUUUUCAACUUCAUUUUUCUUUUUAUUAGUAAAAAUAUUUUUGCUUCCUCUCAGCAUCAGUUCUCUUCAGUAGCUGCUGUACACGGUGUUCAAGCUGAAAAAUCAGUCUGCUCUUAUCCUGAUAUCAACAGGAACUGCAGUAAGGUAUAAUUGUGGUAGGAAACGGAUAAGGACAAUAAUAGUUAGCAUGCUAAUUGCUUUAACUCUCUGAAGCAUUUUGUGACUGCCAGAACAGGGUAAUGUCUGAAAAGCCUGUUGUCUUGCCUACAUGGUUUUGUUUAUACAUAAACUAAUCUUUUCCAAAUCCCAGUCUACCCGAGGCUGCAUAAUCAAUAUACAAGAUAGGGUUUAAAAUCAGGUCUUCCCAACCCUUCUCCUUUCCUCCCAUCACAAGAUACUGUCCAUCUCCUGCAGAUGUUUCACCACAUUGAGCCACGCUCACAAUGACCUUACAGUAGAUGCCAAAGAUAGUCCUGGCAGAAAUGAAAAUCCCAUUUGGUUCAGCUGAUAAACUUUGAUUCAGUCCCUUUUUGCAGUGAUUGCAUCAGAAUUAGAUACAUAUAUUCUUAUGCUUAAUAAUAUUAUGAAAGCCUUCACCGUGUUAUGUAAAUACAUUUUGUUGUUUUUACAGGUGGGGAAAACAUAACCAAAAUAGUGUAAAAAUAAGUAACAUGUUUAUGUCUGGAAUUCCAAAUACGAAAUGGAUUUGAUAGAGUUAGUAAAAUUAGGGAAACAAAUUGUUGGGAAGAAAUCCUUCAUCAGCUGAAACUCAGCCUCAGGUGAUUCCAAGCUUUUGUGCAGGUGAAGCAAGAUUGUAACUGGUGCAGUGUCAGAGCAAGAAUCCAACACAGUGUUAGAGGAGGGAAUCAAAGCUUUUGCAAAUACUUACACAGCCGUCUGUAUACUGAUGGGUAGAGGUGCCCUGUUCUGGCCUGUCCUUUAAAGGAGAUUGUUUUCUAUUGAUGUUUCAUCUAAAGGUUUUUCCAUUAAUUAAGAUGAGCUUAUGUAAUCAUCUUAAUACAUUACUACUCCUAUCCUGAGGCCACAUCAGUGACAGGCUACAUGUGUGCUUUAAUACACCUCUCCAAUAUGCACUUACUUACACAGUCCCUGCCAUACACGAUAGUUGGCUGCAAAGGCAAGAUUGGGACUGACACCAGUCUGCCCCUGGGACCAGAGCAUGGGCCCAGUUAUGUACAGUUUAUCAAUGAAUUAUAUCCUCACAGAUCCCUUCCAACUUGGGGUAUUCUGUGAUUCUAUUUGCUUUAAAUGUCUCUGCACUGCCACAGAGGACUACUUCGUCUGUUAUUACUGUGUGUGUUGAGUAGCCUUUUCUAGGCUUUAACCACUUGUGUAUUUUCUUUGUAAAACUGCCAGUAAAAUUAGACCUGGUUAUCAACAGGCUGUGUAGCUCAACAGUCCUUUCAUCCAUCUUUCUCUGCUUUGGUGUUUAUGAAAUAGCAGAAGUUGUGCUUGGGCGUUCUAAUCUUUCCCCACGUUCAAAUACACACAAAAUAGUGAAACUAAAGCCGUUACGGACUUCUUGCAUCAGGGGAAGGUUUGUUGGUACGUGCUGUGUUUCUCCUGGGAGCGCACACUUUUGUCUGAAUCAUGCGCUAUUGGCUUCUGGUGAACGGUGGUGUUUUAAAACUGUACUGCUGACACAAUGCUGAAGUAGAAUACCCUGAAGGAAGGACGAUGAUGCACUUCAGUAAUUAUACUACGUAUCCUGUGCAUGCUUUUUGAAUGUUCGUAGUUACCUUUUGCAAAUAUCAUGUUUCAUUCCCUUGCGUGCUUGUUUGGGGAAUGAAGGAGUAACAGUAAGGUUAUCCCUGUUGAAGCCUUAAAGGUGAGCGUCCAGCUGCUGCCAGCAGCACUUGGUCUGGCAGAGCAGCCCAUUCAGUUCCCGGCAGGCAGCAGUGCCGGUCUCGGCCUCCAUCCCACUUCCUAGAAGUGGCCGCGAUGGUGAGCACAGCGACCAGGAAGUGACGUCUGUCGCAAUGGCUCCUGCAGACAUCCGUCACUCGGGGAAGCAUAAACCUUCCCCGUAGCCCCGGUGCCACUGCUAUAAAGCAACAUACCCCAGCCGAGCUCUGGCACAUCUUCUUCCAGCUGGUGUGUUGGGUGGGAGAAGAACAGGCAUGCUGGCAGCAUGAGAGGAGAAACAUCAUUUGACUCACCGAAGAAUUAAAUCCAACAGCACUGCAGAGCUGUGUGGGAGAGGAGGGGAUUUUAGACUCAAGUGGCACAAUAAAGUCUUCAGAAGUAAAGACAUUUGGAACAGCUUCUCCCCAAAUGGAAGUUAUCUAGACGGCCCCUGAGACCUCUCUGCAUCCUGCGUCUGCUGCACCAGGACGGUGUUCUUGGCCCUGGUCUUUAAUAAAAUGUUGGAUUCUAUCAAGUGCGUGCUGGUGGGAGACUCCGCAGUGGGAAAAACAUCUCUCUUGGUACGUUUCAUCUCUGACACUUUUCCAGACAACUACAGACCCACUGUGUAUGAGAACACUGGAGUGGAUGUCUUCAUGGAUGGCGUCCAGAUUAGCCUAGGCCUUUGGGACACAUCUGGAAGCGAUGCCUUCAAAGGCAUUCGCCCCCUCUCCUACCAACAGGCAGAUGUGGUGUUAAUGUGCUACUCCGUGGCAAACCACAACUCCUUUCUAAACCUGAGGAGCAAAUGGAUUGGCGAGAUCCGCAACCAUCUGCCCCGCAUCCCUGUUUUGGUAGUGGCCACGCAGACCGACCAGCGUGACACGGGGCCCUACCGCUCCUCCUGCAUCAGCUCCAUGGACGGCAAGCGGCUGGCCCAGGAUGUGCGAGCCAAAGGCUACCUGGAGUGCUCAGCCCUCAGCAACCGCGGCGUGCAGCAGGUGUUCGAGUAUGCUGUGCGGACGGCAGUCAAUCAAGCCAAGAGGCAGAACAGGCGGAAACUCUUCUCCAUUAACGAGUGCAAGAUCUUCUGAGGACUGCCGGCGGUGGUUUUGCCUAUGUUCGUUGUUUCUGCCUUUGCACAAAGACGCUGUGGCAGAGAUAAUGGGAGCGAAUCAAAGACAGGAGGACUCCUGCCAGGACCACAGUACAGGUGGCCCCAGUAAAACAGAUGUGCACUCUGCCUGUUCUGUUCCCCUACCCAACACACAUGGCCGCUAUCUUUAAAAACGACAGAUGCAGGCAAGGGCCUUUGUUCACAACCCUGUGUUUGUAAUUUGCCAUCCUGGACUGAAGCAGACCCCGCCUGGAGAUUAACAGAUCAUAGUUGUGCAGAUUUUGUUAUCAGUGUUCGUCAGCUGUUGGUUUGUCUGCAUAUAUUUCAUGACAAACUUCACCUGGAUCAACCUCCCCUCAUGAUGUAUCUGUCCAUGUGGAGUUUUUUUUUUUUUUUUUUUUUUUACUCUAAGAACCUAAUGUAUAAAAUCUGACCAUCUCCUAUCUAUUUAAAGGAUUCUUGUGUAUGUUGUUGUAAAAUCCUGAGUGUUUGUUUUCAUAUUUCUAUCUAACCACCAAUGCAAACAAUUCCACUCAUAUAAGAAACGGCCUGCAGGCAAACCUAGCACUUCUUAUACACGCCUGAGUUACUGCCCAAUAGUGAUCAAACACACUGUGUCCAGACUAGGAGUGAUCAAAAUGUAGUGACAUUUGAUAGUUGCCUCUGUGAGAUUUAUUUUCUUACCUUAGUCCUGUUCCUAGGAAAAUAGAGACCACAGCAACAAUGUGGUCAGUGAUGUGCUGAAGCAGGAGGAACUUAACCUGACUCUUCCUGGACUUGACCUGGUUACAACCCCACAAGGUCUGGCUUGUAGUCAAGGCUAACCAUGUGGGUAGGGUGGUGAAGACAAAUCUGUGCUAUCAUCACUUUUCAUGUCCCUACUGUAAUUCUGGAGGCAAAAGACUUCAUUCUCUAGGGAUGAAAGGUAUUUUUUUUUCCUUGAGCACUAAAAUUCUCACAUAUUUUUUUAGCGUAUUUUGAUUAUAAACUGUGGUUUUAGUGAAACAAGUAUCCUGCUUGCUGGAGUGCAAGAAAUGUCUGGACAGUGCUCUCAGACAGUCUAAUUUUUGAGUGGUCCUGUGUGGAGUCAGGAGUUGGACUUGACGAUCCUUAUGGGUCUCUUCCAACUUGAGGUAUUCUAUGAAUCUAUGAUUCUACUAUAGUAAAAAAUCAAGUACAUGGCAGUGUUGAAUGUGCACAUUUACAAUGGCUAAAUAAUACAUUUUUUUGAGUUUGCAUGCUAAGCAUAACGGCCUGGAUUCUAUAAAACAAAGACUGUAGAAGACUUUGUGCCUGGGAGAGCAUGGCAAGUCUGAGCACCAAGUUCUAACAUACCCGCUUGGGCCAAGUUUCCUUUCUGCACAGAGAGUCAGGCUAAAGAGGUGACACCUCUAGAUUUGUAAGCACAUACUGCUGGAAGACAGAGUGGGGUCCAGACACACCAUGUUGUGCAUUCCCUGUGAGUUGUGGUGGCCCCACUCCUGAGAUUAUCUGUGCCAAACCCUCCGCCCCACAGCAUCCCUCAGAUCUUGCAGACUGGUCUCAUUCCAAGGUUUCUGCUGCCCUUCCCAUCCUUCAGUGAGCUCAGAACUGAGGCUUAUAGCAUGCUGCCAUGGAAGGUGUUGCACAAAACAGUAGGAUGAUUCUCUCUCUGUGAGGAUCACAAGAGAAUUAUCUGUGUCUGUUCUGACUAAGCCUGACUCAUGUGUUCCAAUUGGAAUGGAUGCAAAAGCUUGUCUGAUUCAAAUCCAAGGUAGGACUUUGGAAGUUAUCCUACUAAGCAUGUAAUUUAUAGCUCAGAUCUAACCUACUGAUAGUUUAUACCAUAAAAAACAGUCAGGUGCCCUUCUCCAUGCUCUGUUCUACCUCUGAGCUUCUUCAUAAGGAGAAAUUCCAAAUGUAAUCCUCCUCCUCCUAUGAAUCCUAGGGAUGGUCUCACUUGUGAUGUAGGUGAACAAGUAACAGCGUUAUGGGCACCUUGAGUGGCAGUAAUGCAUAGGACACUUGUUACUGCAACAAUCCCCCAAACUCCUAGGCUGGUGAAUAUUUACCACUCACCAGCCUUAUUCCAAGUGUGGUCCUAAAAACAUGCUGAUCUCAUGGGAGGUUUUAUUAUCAGCUUCAAAUCCUCACAAGCUUCUGCAUCUGAGCAUACAUUUUUCCUGCACUCUUCUCUUUACAAUCUCUCCUUCUCUUUGUAAAACUUCUGGUGUGCGUUGGAAAUCCCUUGCCCCCUCAAACACUAAAACUGACAUAUUUGUAAAAGAACCUGAACCGCCUGAUACUUACAUGGAGUUACACAAAUGUUAGUGAUUUUCAUUCCCCAGUUAAAAAUCUUUUGGCUUUUGGAAGAAAUAAGUUCCAAUAUCCCAACUCUUGUAACGUGCUGUCAAUGAAACUAUUGUUUGUUGCAUCCCCUAAUUUAAAAGUAGUCAUUGUUACUGUUUGAACAUUAAAGAUCACAUGCAAAAUUUUGCAUUGUCAGUCUUGAAGUCUGUUACAUUUGUAGGCAUUUUUAUUAUGGUCUCCACCUCACUGGUUUAAUAUCUGGUUUCAUUAAAGUGAAACAUUUUUUGCCGGCAAGUUCAA